AGCCCCUCCCCCUCCUGCAGUAAAGCCCAGCAGGCCGCGCGCUCCUCUCAAAACACCAUUUCCAGCAGCUCAUCCCGCGCGCUCAUUAUUAGUAUUAUUAGUAUUAGUAUUAUUAUUAGUAGUAGUAGUAUUUGAUAUUAUUAUUAUUAUUAUUUAUUGCUACCGGAUUAUAAGCGGAGUUCUGUCGCGGAGGAAACAAGAUGGGAAAUGAAGCCAGCUAUCCCCUGGAGAUGUGCUCUCACUUCGAUGCUGAUGAGAUUAAGAGGUUAGGAAAGAGAUUUAAGAAACUGGACCUGGAUAACUCUGGAUCUCUGAGUGUGGAGGAGUUCAUGUCCCUGCCAGAGCUGCAGCAGAAUCCACUGGUGCAGAGGGUUAUUGAUAUAUUCGACACAGAUGGCAAUGGGGAAGUGGACUUCCAAGAGUUUAUAGAGGGUGUCUCUCAGUUCAGCGUAAAGGGAGAUAAGGAACAGAAGCUGCGAUUCGCAUUCAGGAUCUACGACAUGGAUAAAGACGGUUAUAUUUCCAAUGGGGAAUUAUUCCAAGUCCUGAAGAUGAUGGUGGGGAACAACCUGAAGGACACACAGCUGCAGCAGAUCGUAGAUAAGACCAUCAUCAACGCAGAUAAGGAUGGAGAUGGGAGAAUAUCUUUUGAAGAGUUCUGCGCAGUUGUCGGCGGUCUCGACAUACACAAAAAGAUGGUAGUGGACGUGUGAGUGUCCGGCCUGCACUGCCCCCCGCCCCGCGCUUUCCUGUCCACCUCUGAUGAUCUGCUCAAGAUAUCCAGCAUUGCCCUCUAUAAUAUUUCAACAGAAGUAUUUACUCUCUGAGCUACCCCCUUUGCUAAUACGAGCCUGGUGAAGUGUUAUUGAACUUAAACCCUCUCAAUAACCUGGUGUAGCACUUUACUGACUGAAAAACGGCUAUGAGUGUCUCUAUCUGGAGAAGGGAAGACGGGUUGGCUUGUUCAUUUUUUGUUUUGUAAUGUUUAUUUAUUAUUUGAAGUAUUUAUUUUGUCUGUAACUUUUUCUAAUCAGCUAUUUAACUUGUUUUCAGAGGAGAAAAAUAAUAUUCAGUAUCCGUACAGACCUUGGUUAUGAUGUGCCAAUCAGAACAUGGAAUUGACAAACUUUACGUAAAUACUGCCUGUCAUUAUUAUUUUUUGGGCAAACAUGUUUGGUGCAUUUUUUUUUUUCAAGCCAAAAACAUUUUUGUUUUUUAUUUUACACAUUGUGGUAUGCGAUAUUUAUCAUUAUUGCAUUUAAUCAUGUUCCAUGAUACCGUUUUCAAUUGUGAUAGAUUGUUUAUUUAUAAAUAUUUAUAUUAUUGCAGAGUAACUUGUGUUUAACUCUUGUGAAACAGUCAAACAGAAACAGAUGCCAAGAAAACAGCUGUGUUCAUAGUUUACCUAAACAUCGUCUUCUUUAGGGUCUUUUUAAAACAGGUGCACUGAAAUAGUCCUAAUAUACUAUCAGUGAGCAUAUAUCAAAUCAAUCUACUGCAAAAAACUGGUCAUAUUAAAAAUGAUAACUCCAUUGUUAAUGGUGAAUUUAAUGUUUAGGUGGGACUGCAAUACACUGGAAAGUUUCCGCAUGACAAGUUUAGAGUCUGAGGGGAAAGAAGGUUUUCCUCUUUAAUCACUCUCUGUAUUUCCUUCAUCGUUCUUUAACUGCAGCUCUCUGUGCAUCUUGAAACCCUUGGAGCUUCUCCAGUGCCUGCAUGCACGUUUUCCUUUCUGCAUGUUUUCCAAUUUACAGCACUCCUACUGUUUACACUUAGAUUGUGAUGUUAAUAUCAAAUAUCUAAGAAUCAUGGAUGUUGCCUAUGUUUAGUUAACUCAUUUCUUUUAAAAUGUUCCUGAUUAAAUUAGAGUGGCAGGGACCUGACUGGGAUUUACUCAGUCAAACAGAAGAUCUUACAUACUGGUUGUGGUGGGUUUUUUUUUUUU